AUGCCGGUAUAUCACUUGUUUUUCCUGAGAUCAACUUGUCCGUUCGCUGCGGGCACAGAAGUGGACGCGGUCCGGGCUGUUUAUGUUCGUCGUGGCGCUGAGAUAUCAUACGAUGCUGAUACCUCUUUAUGA